AUGUUCAUCGCAACAAUUUUGAGCUUAUUCGCUUUGGCUGGAAGUGCUCCAGUUACUGGGCCAGAUUUUAAUAAUAUUCAAUAUUUGCACAACAUUUCGUUGACUUAUCAAAAUGGAAGUCUUCAAGGGUUAAACACCAUUGAUGGAUGUAAGUUAUUGAGAAAGAUCUAAUUAAUUUAAUUAUAUAUUUCAUUUCAGUAUCUGGAGUUGAUUCAACUAUGGCUCAAAGUUUGAAAGAUGCGAUAAAUCUUGCUUUGCCAGGAUACCUCAACUCUACUUCCACAGGAGCUCCAUUAAAUCUCAUGAACUCUACAUCAACUUCUAGCUCAAGCCAAAAUCUUCGAAACAAAAGACAAGCUAUGAAUUCUACAGUGUCUUCUACAACGACAGCAGCUCCAUCAGUCACAACAUCCACACAACCUUAUGGAACUGAUGAGGAAUUCUAUGCUCGUACAGAUCUUGUUCACUUCCAAGUUAACAUUGAUGAUCUUGAGGGCAGUGGAAAUUAA